GCUGGGAAGCCUCGGCCACGGCCAGGGGAGGCGAGCCGGGACGGGGUUCAGCCCCGGUUGUCCGCGCCGUGCGUUUCCUGCCCUUCCGCUCUGCUCGCUCCAGCCCGCUCUGCCGCCGCCAUGGCCCAAGCUGAUAUUGCACUGAUUGGACUGGCCGUCAUGGGCCAGAACUUAAUUCUGAACAUGAACGACCACGGCUUUGUGGUCUGUGCUUUUAAUCGGACAGUCUCCAAAGUGAAUGAUUUCUUGGCCAAUGAGGCAAAGGGAACCAGGGUGGUUGGUGCUCACUCCUUGGAGGAGAUGGUCUCCAUGCUGAAGAAGCCGCGGCGGAUCAUCCUGCUGGUGAAGGCUGGUCAGGCUGUGGAUGAUUUCAUUGAAAAACUGGUCCCGUUGUUGGACACUGGUGACAUCAUCAUCGACGGAGGGAACUCUGAAUACAGGGAUACCACCAGACGGUGUCGAGACCUCAAGGCCAAGGGCAUCCUGUUUGUGGGGAGUGGAGUUAGCGGGGGAGAGGAGGGGGCCCGGUACGGCCCGUCGCUCAUGCCGGGAGGGAACAGAGAAGCGUGGCCCCACCUCAAGGAAAUCUUCCAAAGCAUCGCUGCGAAAGUGGGAACCGGAGAGCCCUGCUGUGACUGGGUGGGAGACGAGGGCGCAGGACACUUUGUGAAGAUGGUGCACAACGGGAUAGAGUACGGGGACAUGCAGCUCAUCUGCGAGGCCUACCACCUGAUGAAGGACGUCCUGGGCAUGGAGCAGCGCGAGAUGGCCAAGGCCUUUGAGGAGUGGAACAAGACCGAGCUGGACUCCUUCCUGAUUGAGAUCACGGCCAACAUCCUCAAGUUCCAGGAUGCCGACGGCAAGCACCUGCUGCCCAAGAUCAGGGACAGCGCGGGACAGAAGGGCACUGGGAAGUGGACGGCCAUCUCGGCCCUGGAGUACGGCGUCCCCGUCACCCUCAUUGGAGAAGCAGUCUUUGCUCGAUGCUUAUCAUCCCUGAAGGACGAGAGGGUUCAAGCGAGCAAAAAGCUCAAAGGGCCUCAAAAGAUCCAGUUUUCAGGAGACAAGAAAUCCUUCCUGGAGGACAUUCGAAAGGCCCUCUACGCCUCCAAGAUCAUCUCCUACACUCAGGGCUUCAUGCUGCUGAGACAGGCAGCCGCGGAAUUUGGCUGGAGCCUCAACUAUGGAGGCAUCGCCCUGAUGUGGCGGGGGGGCUGCAUCAUCAGGAGUAUGUUCCUGGGCAAGAUAAAAGAUGCGUUUGACCGCAACCCUGGGCUGCAGAACCUGCUCCUGGAUGACUUCUUUAAGUCGGCGGUGGAGGACUGCCAGGACUCCUGGCGGCGGGCAGUCAGCACCGGCGUCCAGACAGGCAUCCCCAUGCCCUGCUUCACCACUGCCCUCUCCUUCUACGACGGGUACAGACACGAGAUGCUGCCGGCCAACCUGAUCCAGGCACAGCGGGAUUACUUCGGGGCUCACACCUAUGAACUCUUGGCCAAGCCGGGACACUUCGUCCACACUAACUGGACAGGCCAUGGUGGCAGCGUGUCCUCCUCUUCAUACAACGCCUAACCGGAGUCCGUCGCCCCCGCCCCGCCACAGCCCAGGACAUUCCAUCUUCACCGCACUGUCCACACGGCCCCUGCCCUGCCUUCUGCGCGCAUCUUUUAAAACAGUGUCAGAAGAGACUCCUCUGCAACAUCAACCCAAGUUUACUUGCAAAGCAGUUCCAGGAGAACCAGCACGCCUCUGCGGGCUGAGCAGGAUCCCAGCGUGUGUGGGAUAGUUCUCGCUAGCUUCAGAAGGCAGCGUCCCCACAUCCCCGGGGGAUUAGGGAGGCAGGGGGAGUCUGCCCUGACAGAGGCAGCGGCUCUCACCACAUGGGUAGGAAAGGUUUUUAUGGAAUUUGAUCAAACUGGAACCUUUGUAUCAUGCAGCUGAAUUCCCUUUCCCUUUACUUAAUAAAAGUAAAAAAAAAAAAAAAGGAAAAUCAUA